GCCCCUCCUUCUCCUCCGAGCCAUCCCAGAAUGCACCGCGGCGCCUCAAGCCCCUCCUUCUCCUCCAUCCCACAAAGCACCGCGGCACUUCGCAUUCGGAUCUCGAGCUCCAAGUGUCAACCCCCAAGAUGGCACUUCACCGGCUGUACCACCUGUCCUCCCUGCUGCGCUCCGCCGUGAGCCUGACCCUGCGCAGGAACAUUGGCAUCUCCGCCGUCCUCUUCAACAAGAGCAAGGAGCUGGACCCCGUGCAGAAGCUGUUCCUGGACAAGAUCCGGGACUACGCCAACAAGAGCAAGACUUCUGGUGGCAUCGUGGAAGCUGGCCCGGCCUACCAGAAGACUGUGUCUGAAGAGGUGACCAAACUGCAGAGGCUAUAUGGAGGAGGAGACCUCAUCAAGUUCCCCGAGAUCAAAUUCACAGAGCCCAAGCUGGAGGAAGGUGCCAAGUGAACCCCUCUCCGUGUUGUAAAUCUCCUACAUGUCACCAACAAUAUGUAUAUUUAAUAAAAAGAGUGGAUUGAG